UGUCAAAAAAUGACAAUUCUCGUAGAAAAAUGAAAACGUGCGCGAGCAAAGUAAAAUCACACGUUUACAAAAUAACGAAAAAUAAACAUUUGCCUAUAAAAUAAUUAAAUCAAAGCAUUUACAAAAGGCUCACAAGAAUUUAAAGUAUCUGUGAACGAGCAAAAUUAUUGCAAUAGUUUUCAACGUAUGUGAAAAUUGAGCAAUUUUAUCUUCCCGGAUAACGGAACGCCAAAAUGGCCUUCAAUUCGAGCAUGUCGGUUAUCAGUGGUAAAACGUCACUGUCUUCGAUAUUGAAGAGCUACUCAACUUCCGAAAGGGAAAAAGCCAAAGCGGCAGUAAUCAAUAAGGUGCGCUUCGAAAUGCCCAAACAGAAGGGUCUUUUGGAAGCAGUCAAAGCGGUGGAGGAAAGGCAAAAUUUUCAGCCAAUGAGUGAAUUUGUUGGAUAUCUAAGUGAAAAUACUUUGGAUGACAAUGAAUUUAUCAUAAUUUUGAAUGAUGCUCGUUCCAUUGCCAAUCAAUUGAGCCCAAAGUUUACAACUCUAGUUGAGGCCCUACUAUCCCAAACCUGGGCUUAUAGAUCUCCUGAGGCACGUAAGGCAUAUAUUAGAUUUUGCCUGGACAUAUUGGUGGCACAUAAUAAAUAUUUAUCAUUUGGCAUAAAUCAUUUAAUUGCGCUUUGGAUACCCCAUGAAAAUGACAUAAGCCUAUGGCAGAAUGGCACUCCCACUGCUGAAUUGGAAGAUGCAUUGCAGGCAAUUCAUCAUCUACUGGAUUGCAUACUCAAUGCAAUUCCAAUGGCUUUCGAUGCCACUUUAGAUGCAAUCGAACAUUCAUUUCCAUAUUAUAAGAAAUCAACGCACAUUGUUGUGGGUUAUGUGCACAAUAUGCUACAAUUGUUGGAAUACAAGCCUAUAUUUGAAGAAAACAUAAUGCAACUUCUAAUGCAAAAUUUGAUUAUUUUGGAUGUACAUGCCCCACGAACAGCUAUAGAAGAACUGGAAAGUGACGAUGAGGAUGAUGAUGACGAAGAUGAGAACAAAGAAGAACUUGAAAUGUUUGAAAUGGAUGACUGUAAAAAAAAAGCCUACUUAGACAAACCAAUGAAUCAUCCAAUAGCCCAUACCUUGGAUAUAUGCAUGGUGAAACUAUUUAAUUUCUUGGAUAGCAAAAAUCCUCAACCAUUACAAAACAGCGAUGCAGAGAGCCAACAAAAAACCCUUGAAUCUUUGAAGUUUCUGCGAAUGCUUAUAAAAGCCUUUGAUAAUGUUAUACUGCCCAUACACAAUACUCAUCAUGCUCAAUUUAUAGUCUUUUACUUUUGCAGUUUAAAGCAAUGCUUAAGUGAGACGUUCUUAGCCUCGUUAUGGGAUAAAAUUAAAAAUCCCAAUUGUUCUGCAGUUAUAAGGCAAGCCGCAGUGGGGUAUAUGGCCAGUUUUUUGGCAAGAUCGAAAUUCGUUAGCAUCAUUACUCUUAAAUAUUAUCUUAAGGAAUUAUGUGCUUGGGCUCAUAAAUAUAUACGUGAUUGUGAUCAAUAUCGUUCAAAUGGUUCCUUGAAAGCAAAUUUAGUUUUCUUUACAGUAUGCCAAGCUAUAUUUUAUGUGAUAGCAUUUCGUUCACGAGAUUUAACAGUUGAUAAGAGAAGUUUAUUAUUUUUACAAUCAUUACAUUUGUCCGCUUUAGUUACCUGUAAUUUUAAUCCACUGCGAGUAUGUUUGCCGGCUGUGGCAACAGCUUUUGCUGGUGUUACCAGAGCCUAUCAACUAGCAUAUUGUCAUGCAAUUUUGGAACGUAAUGCACGUCGCAAACUAGCCACAGUGUAUGCAAAUGAGACUGCUACGCCCGAAGAAACAUUAGACACAUUCUUUCCAUUUGAUCCGUAUCUAUUAAAAGUUUCGGGUCAGCGUAUUACUCCAAUUUAUUUAGUAUAUCAAGCAAGUGAAGUUGAGAAUAUGAAUGACACAGUUGAUCCCAUAUCUCCGUCUAGCAAUGUUAAUUCUGCUACAACUUCCUCUCGAAAACGUGGCGAUUCUGAAAUGAUGGAUCAUGAUAUCGAUGAUUUCAUAUUGACAGAUAAACGACAAAGAUUGGCAAGUGUAACAAGAAGCCAAGAAAAUCAAUUUACUUACGGACUGUCGCCAGGUUUUCAUAUUUAGUUGAACAUCAAAGAUUGCUAAUGACUCCUUAGUAGUCUUUCUAUACAUUCACUUUUGAAGUUUCACUUUUGAUACUGCUAAUUUAUUGUCUUGCGAGUAUUUUUAUUGAAUCGUAUGGUGCCAAAGUGAAACCCUCAAUGCAGUGAUAAAAAAAGUAUGUAAAUAUUCCUAAAUAGUUCUUUUUAAGUUUUUCAACCUCUUGAUCUUCUCACAAUUAGCUGGCAAUUUAGUUUGU